UUAUGGAAUACAAAUAUUGAAUAGGAUCAUUUUUUUUUUUUCUUAUUAAUACAGUCCAAAAAUUUUUUUUGUAAACAAUCACAAGAAGUAUUUUAUUUAUAUUUUUAUUAUAUAUAAAAUAUUUUUUCAUAAUGAAUAGUUCACAGGAAAAUAAAGUAAAAUUUAAAAAGAGAUAUAAGAAAGCAUUAAGAAAACGACAAGUUUUAUCAGAUGAAGAUGAUAAUGAAGAUGAAGAAAUAUCUAUCAGAGAAAAAGUUGAAGAAAUGAAAAUUAUACAGAAACUUCGUGAACGACCAAAAGGUGUUAAUGUUGUUGGAUUAGCCCUUGGAGAAAAUGUAACACCUGAUGUAAUAAUGUCAGAUCCAUUUAAUGUAAAAACUGGAGGAAUGGUAAAUAUGGCUGCAUUGAAAAAUACAAAAUUAAAACAAAAUGAUGCAUAUGAAACAGGAAUUGGAACACAAUUUAAUGCAGAAACUAAUAAACGAGAUGAAGAUGAAGAAAUGGUGAAAUAUAUUGAAGAAGAAUUAUCAAAAAGAAAAAGUAAAAAUGAAGACAAAACAGAAAAUGGAUUAAAUAAUGAUAAAGGAUCUUAUUGUUCACCAGAAGAAGCAGCUUUGCAAGCAGUACCUGAACAUUUAAGACAAAGUUCUGCACAUAGAAGUGAAGAAAUGCUUUCAAAUCAAAUGUUAUCUGGUAUACCAGAAGUAGAUCUUGGAAUAGAAGCAAAGAUUCGUAAUAUUGAAGCUACAGAAGAAGCUAAGUUAAAAUUGCUUUGGGAUAGACACAGAAAAAAGGAUGGUCCUUCACAAUUUGUACCAACAAAUAUGGCUGUGAAUUUUGUACAACAUAAUAGAUUUAAUAUAGAAGAUACAGAUUUCCAGAAAUCAAAACAAGAUCCUGAUGAUAGAAAAAAGAUAAUAGCUCCCAGAGACGAUUAUAAAGGGAAAAGAAAAGAUAAUGGAGAAAAAGCAACUGAUGAUUAUCAUUAUGAAAGAUUUAAGAAGCAAUUUAGACGAUUUUAAUAUUAUUAAUAGAAAUAAAUAAGAAUUAUAUAAUUUA